UCACGGAAGUGACGCGUUUCUCUUGGUUGGCGGAAGUAAGGCUCCGGCUGGCUGGGUUGUCCAUAGACUGUCAGCUCCCUAGUGUGAAGGCAGAAUGGCGGCGGGUGGGCGAAGGAAAGUCCUGCAGCUGGUGACCCGGUUUGGGGUGCUGCUCCUCACCCGGUGCCCGUUCUGGUUUUGUUUCAGCCAGUUAAUGCUGUAUGCCGAGAGGGCAGAGGCAAAGAGGAAGCCAGAUAUCCCUGUUCCAUAUCUCUAUUUUUAUCUGGCGGCCUCUGUAAUCUGUGCCAGUUUCAUGUCUUUCGGCGUUAAACGGCGCUGGUUUGCCUUAGGAUCGGCCAUGGAGCUGGCAAUCGGCACCUACGCUGCCCACGUUGGUGGAUAUGUGCAUUAUGGAGACUGGUUGAAGGUCAGGAUGUACUCACGCACCAUUGCUGUCAUUGGUGGCUUCCUGGUUUUGGCCAGUGGUGCCGGGGAGAUCUACAGACAGAAGCCACGGAGUCGCUCUUUGCAGUCCACUGGACAGGUCUUCAUAGGGAUCUACCUAAUUUGCAUGGCGUAUACCUUGCAGCACAGUAAGGAGGAUCGCCUGGCAUAUCUAGAGUUCCUGCCGGGAGGCGAACCCGCCCUGCAAAUCGUCUUUAUCCUAUUUGGGAUCUUGGCUUUAUCUUUCCUAUCUGGGUAUUACGUGAGGAUUGCUGCCCAGGUUCUAGCAGUGCUGCUUCCUCUAACCCUACUCCUCAUAGAUGGCAACCUGAACUAUUGGCACACUAACAGACGGGUGGAAUUCUGGAACCAGAUGCGACUCAUUGGACAGAACAUUGGCAUCUUCGGUGCUGCUGUUAUAAUAGCCACGGAUGGCUGAUAUGGAUGCUCUACAAAUCACUACAGGUGAUCUGACCAACAAUCCCUGCAAGAAUACCCAGUUCUUUGACUUCUGGAUCAUACAGUCUAUUCAUUCUAUCGACAUAUCUCAUGCUGUCAGAGCCUUAAAGAGCAUAAUCGGAACACUAGGAGGAAAAAUGGAUUUUUAUUUAUUAUGUUAAAAAAGAAUGUACCUUUGUGUAAAACCAAACUGCACCUUUUUAAAAGCAUGUUUGUUUAUUUUACUGUCAGAGCAUUGGCCUCUUUUUAAAAUGAGUGAGUUUAUUUGGAAGAUAGGGACUUCAAUAACCGCCCCCCAACCUAUUGAUGUAAUUUACAAUCUCUUCAGCAGUAUAUUCGAUAUAAGUGCAUUUUCAUAAAUUAUUCUUAUCCAUUCACAUCCCCCUUAUUGAAAAUGAAUUGUGAAAGAAAAUGGCUUAA